AUGUCGUAUCAACCGGCCGAGUACCCGCCGCAGCAGCCGCAGUAUGCUCCUGCUGCCUCACAGCUGCCGCAACCGCAGUAUGCCCCCCCUGCUUCGCAACAACAGCAUCCGCCGCCGCCGCCUCCCCCUCUACCUCUUCACCCGCCGCAGCAGUCGCAGCAGCAGCAGCAAUCGCAGCAGAAGCCUCAAGCUUCUCCUCUAGGCGGCCAACAGCCCCAGAACCAACCCCAGAACCAACCCCAGAACCAACCUCAGAUCCAAUCCCAGAACCAGCUGCGGCAGAGCGACAGCGGCACAUUCCCGGGAGGCAGCUAUGCCGUCACCCACCGCGACACCAACGCCGUCCUCGGCCUGGACCUGCAGCAAGGUGGCGUCGUGCGCUCCAAACCUGGCGCCAUGAUUCACAUGUCGGCCACCGUUCAGCUUACGGGCAAGGUCAAGUUCUCCAUGAGGAAGCUCUUCACCGGUGGCGAGAUGUCCGAGUCGACUUACCUGGGCCCUGGACGCCUCGCCUUGGGUCCUACCCUCUUCGGUGACAUCAUCCCCCUGCACCUCGACGGUCGCCACAACUGGGUCAUCGGCCGGGACGCCUUUCUCGCCUGCACCGCCGACGUGAGGAAGGAGUCCAAGGCCCAGGGCUUCAGCAAGUCCAUGUUCUCGGGCGAGGACGUCUUCGUCUACCACAUCUCCGGCCAAGGCAUCAUCUGGCUGACAAGCUUCGGUGCCGUCGACCGCAUUGACCUCCAACCUGGUGAGCAGCACAUUGUCGACAACGGCCACCUCGUCGCCUGGAGCUGCGAUUACAGGAUGGAAAAGGCCGGAGGCGGCACGAUGAACAGCAUCAAGACCGGCGAGGGACUGGUCUGCCGCUUUACCGGCCCCGGCGCCGUUUUCGUCCAGACACGGAACAAGGAUGAGUUUCAGUCUUUCAUUCGCGCCUCUGCUGGCGCCGGCGGCUAG